UCCCGCUUACUCUCUCUCUAGACACACCCCUAAAAGGAUAGAGAGAGAGGAGGCUCAAACCCUAGUUUUUCCCGCCGCCGUUAUCUGCCAUGGCCGCCGAGGCGAACCAGCUUCAGCAUGCUCAGCUCGCGAUGGUUCUCGGCCCUGAUCCGUCGCCGUUCGAGACCCUGAUCUCCUCUCUUAUGUCGUCUUCCAACGAGCAACGCUCCUCCGCCGAGGCUCUCUUCAAUCUCGCCAAGCAGACCGAUCCCGAUACCCUCGCCUUGAAGCUCGCUCACAUUCUCCAGCUUUCUCCUUAUCCCGAGGCUCGCGCCAUGGCUGCUGUGCUCCUCCGCAAACUUUUGACCCGCGACGACGCGUACCUGUGGCCGCGACUCUCGCUGUCCACCCAGUCGUCGCUCAAAUCUUCGAUGCUGUCGUGUAUUCAACGCGAGGACACGAAAUCGAUCUCGAAGAAGAUUUGCGAUACCGUGUCGGAGCUUGCCUCCGGGAUCCUGCCGGAGAAUGGGUGGCCGGAGUUGUUGCCGUUCGUUUUCCAGUGCGUGUCUUCGGAUUCUUCGAAAUUGCAGGAAUCGGCGUUUUUGAUAUUGGCCCAGUUGUCGCAGUACGUUGGGGAGACUCUUACACCGCACAUCAAGCAUCUCCAUGGCGUGUUUCUGCAGUGCCUGAGCUCCGACGUUGCUAGUCCCGACGUCAAAAUCGCUGCUUUGAACGCCGUGAUCAGUUUCAUCCAGUGUCUGUCCAAUUCAACGGAGCGAGACAGGUUCCAGGAUGUUCUUCCGGCGAUGAUCAGGACGUUGACCCAGUCGUUGAACAACGGGAACGAAGCCACGGCUCAGGAGGCACUGGAGCUUCUCAUCGAAUUGGCGGGAACCGAGCCGCGAUUCCUCAGACGACAACUUGUUGACGUCGUCGGUUCGAUGCUUCAGAUCGCGGAAGCAGAUUCCCUCGAGGAAGGCACCCGCCAUCUCGCGGUCGAGUUUUUGGUAACCCUUGCGGAGGCCCGUGAGCGUGCCCCAGGGAUGGUCAGGAAGCUGCCGCAGUUCAUCAGCAGGUUGUUUGCUGUACUCAUGAAGAUGCUUGAGGACAUCGAGGAUGAUCCUGCUUGGCAUAGUGCAGAGACCGAGGACGAAGAUGCUGGUGAGACAAGCAACUAUAGCAUGGGUCAAGAGUGUCUUGAUCGGUUGGCUAUUUCAUUGGGUGGGAAUACCAUUGUUCCUGUUGCGUAUGAGCAGUUCUCUGCGUAUUUAGCUUCCCCGGAAUGGCAGAAACAUCAUGCUUCCUUGAUUGCGCUUGCCCAGAUUGCGGAAGGUUGUUCUAAGAUAAUGAUAAAAAACCUGGAGCAAGUGGUGUCUAUGGUUUUGAGUCAAUUUCAUAGUACUCAUCCUCGAGUGAGGUGGGCAGCCAUAAAUGCAGUUGGGCAGUUGUCCACAGACUUGGGUCCAGAUUUGCAAAAUCAACAUCAUCAGAGAGUGCUCCCAGCUCUUGCUGCUGCUAUGGAUGAUUUUCAGAAUCCUCGAGUGCAGGCUCAUGCUGCUUCAGCCGUACUCAACUUCAGCGAGAACUGUACACCUGAAAUAUUGGUGCCAUAUUUAGAUGGAAUUGUGAGCAAGUUGCUUGUGCUUCUACAAAAUGGUAAGCAAAUGGUGCAAGAAGGAGCUUUGACAGCUCUCGCCUCAGUUGCUGAUUCAUCGCAGGAACAUUUCCAAAAGUACUAUGAUGCCGUCAUGCCUUAUCUCAAGACCAUUUUGAUGAGUGCAACCGACAAGUCUAAACGCAUGCUUCGUGCCAAGUCCAUGGAAUGCAUCAGUCUUGUUGGAAUGGCAGUUGGAAAGGACAAAUUUAGGGACGAUGCGAGACAGGUCAUGGAAGUGCUUAUGUCAUUGCAAGGUUCUCAGAUGGAGGCGGAUGAUCCGAUAACAAGUUACAUGUUACAGGCAUGGGCCAGACUUUGCAAGUGUCUAGGACAAGAUUUUCUCCCAUAUAUGAGCGUUGUUAUGCCUCCUCUACUUCAGUCAGCUCAACUUAAACCAGAUGUAACAAUUACAUCUGCGGAUUCAGAAGAUGAAGCUGAGGAUUCUGAUGAUGAAAGCAUGGAGACCAUUAUCCUUGGGGACAAAAGAAUUGGGAUCAAAACUAGUGUGCUGGAGGAAAAGGCCACCGCUUGCAACAUGCUCUGUUGCUAUGCUGAUGAAUUAAAAGAAGGUUUUUUUCCUUGGAUUGAUCAGGUUGCUCCCACACUGGUUCCUUUGCUUAAAUUCUAUUUCCAUGAGGAAGUUAGGAGAGCAGCUGUCUCAGCGAUGCCGGAGUUACUUCGUUCAGCAAAAUUGGCAAUAGAAAAAGGAAUUUCUCAAGGUCGUGAUUUCUCCUAUCUAAAGCAACUCUCUGACUACAUCAUUCCAGCCAUGUUGGAAGCUCUGCAUAAAGAACCUGACACUGAGAUCACCGUGAGUAUGCUGGAAGCACUUAAUGAAUGCUUGCAGAUUUCUGGAAAUAUUCUGGAUGAGGGGAAGAUUAGAUCCAUUGUUGAUGAGAUAAAACAAGUUAUGACAGCAAGCUCUAGCAGAAAACGAGAGAGAGGAGAGAGGGCUAAUGCUGAAGAUUUUGAUGCUGAAGAGGGAGAGCUUGUUAAAGAGGAGAAUGAGCAAGAAGAAGAAGUUUUUGAUCAAGUCGGUGAAAUAUUGGGAACACUUGUUAAGACAUUUAAGGCCUCGUUUCUGCCUUACUUUGAUGAGCUAUCCUCUUAUCUAACUCCCAUGUGGGGAAGGGAUAAAACAGCUGAAGAGAGAAGGAUCGCUAUAUGCAUCUUCGACGAUGUUGCAGAACAAUGUCGCGAUGCUGCCCUUAAAUACUAUGACACUUAUCUUCCAUUUGUAUUAGAAGCUUGCAAUGACGAGAGCCCCGAUGUCAGACAGGCUGCUGUUUACGGACUUGGUGUUUGUGCUGAGUUUGGCGGAUCUGUAUUUAAGCCCCUUGUUGGAGAAGCUCUGUCAAGAUUAAAUGUUGUGAUACAGCAACCGAAUGCUCGACAAUCUGAAAAUGCUAUGGUGUAUGAUAAUGCUGUUUCUGCUAUGGGAAAGAUCUGUCAAUUUCACCGUGAAUGUAUUGAUGCUACUCAGGUAAUUCCUGCUUGGUUGAAUUGCCUGCCUUUAAGAAAUGAUGUCAUCGAAGCCAAAAUUGUUCAUGAACAGCUCUGCUCGAUGGUUGAAAGGCAAGAUGCGAAUCUAUUGGGUCCCAACAACCAGUUUCUUCCUAAAAUCAUCAUGGUUUUUGCCGAGGUUCUAACGGGCAAAGAUUUAGUUACGGAACAGACAGGUGUUCGGAUGAUAAACAUGCUGAAGCAGCUCCAGCAGACUUUGCCACCGUCUGCAUUGGCCUCGACUUUGUCAUCGUUGCCGCCCCAGCAGCAGCUCGCGCUCCAAUCCAUGCUCUCCUCGUAACGAUACAAUUUUGGCGAAGCCUUUCCAGCUUUUUUUCGGGUAAAAACAAAACCACAAUACAAAGCCCUCUGGUCACUGUUGUGUUUGAUUCUUUCGUUCCGCAUUCUUUACACCACAAAAGGUCGGAUCUUCAUCGUCUGUUUUCCAAACUUCACGAUGUUUCCCAAAGCUUUUCGCUUUUGCCCCUCAAUUCGUUUUGAGCGAUGAUGGUCAUCGGUCAAGGUUGCAACAAUAAGUGUUUUUUUCCGUCUUUGUUCUACAUUUCUCUCGGGUCUUGUUUCUCAUGUCAUAUGUAGAAAGUGUAUAUUAGGGGUUUGGAGAUGAUGGGUUGUUGCCAGCUUCGUCAGCCGGGAAGUUUUGCUGCAGAUUUUUGUCGGUACAGAAUAUACGAUGAAGAAGAAAGGGGAAGCAGAAUGAAAGGAAGUGUUUUAUUUAUUUGGUUGGGUAUUGCAGAUGUGAACAUUUUGGAGGAUGGAUUCUUUGUUUUGGUUAUUGGUGUCUUAACCCUUUUUUUGUUGAAAUUACUCAGUGAUAAUAAAGACAAAAAAUUGUGUGGUGAAAAAUUACUUGGAUGUGGAAGUUUGGUCUUUGUAUAAUGGCAUUAUUACCAGGUCUGGGUACCGGUCGGAUUUA